GUGAAUGUGAAUGAGCAGCAGUUUAUCCAGCAGCUACAAUAGAAACAUUUUUCCCUCCAUGGCACCAGUAGCCUUGGAGCUGUUUCCAUUCACCACCCGAGGAGGAGUAGGUUUCAGGCGCAUGGAGGAGGACUUGGCUGCGCACGGGACAUAAAUUCAGGUCAGACUUUGCUAUCUCAAGUGAAAUGUAAAACAGGAGGCAGGCAGUAGGUGAAGCGUGAACCACAGGCGAUCUGUGAUAACGCCCGGCCAUCAGCCACUUCUCCCACUUGGCCGCUAUUAAGGCACCGCUGAAAUCUGCAGCCGGCGCAGAGACGCGCUGCACUUGACACUUUGGCUUCAUGGCUCAGCGCUCCGCACACCCUGUCGUCCCCAUCGCGCUGCUGGUGUUUGGACUUGUUGCGAUCCUGCUCCUCACUAUCCCCACUGAAGACGUGCAGGAGGCUCCGGGGUUCAUGUAUGGGAUCGUCUUGGAUGCCGGAUCUUCGCAUACGGCGUUGUACAUAUACAAGUGGCCAUCAGAUAAGCAAAAUGGCACAGGCAUCGUCACCCAGCACAGUGAAUGUCACGUUGAGGGCGGAGGCAUCUCCAGCUAUGCGGGCCAUCAGGGAGCAGCAGGGCAGAGCUUAGAGGCCUGUCUGGACCGGGCGGUGAAGGACAUCCCCAAAGAAAGACACCAGCUCACACCUGUGUACCUGGGAGCCACAGCUGGCAUGAGGCUUCUGAACAUCUCCAGCCCGGAGCUGUCAGUUCAGAUUCUGCAGGAAGUGGGCCACAAGAUCCAGUCCUACCCGUUCAGUUACCGGGGGGCGGCCAUACUGAGUGGUCAGGAGGAGGGGGCGUACGGCUGGGUCACCGUCAACUAUCUCUUAGAGAACUUUAUAAAGUAUGGUUUCGUGGGGCACUGGUUCAGCCCCGGCAAGCCCACAGUGGGAGCGCUUGAUUUUGGCGGGGCAUCCACCCAGAUAACAUUUGCAACUCAGGAGGAAGUAGAGGACAAACGCGACAUGAGAAAGCUGCGUCUUUAUGGCCACGAGUAUUCUCUGUACACACACAGCUUCCUGUGCUACGGGCAGGACCAGGUCCUCAAGAGACUGCUGGCUCAUAUAGUGAAGUCUCAGGGUUACUCUGAGUCCAUCACUCACCCCUGCUAUCCUGCAGGCCACAACAGAACUUUACCGCUGAGCAGUAUAUUCAACUCUCCGUGCACAGAAAAGUACAAACCUAGCUCCUACAACUCCCAGGCUACUCUGACAAUACAAGGCAGCGGACAUUAUGAACACUGUCAGAGCAAUGUGUCUGAGAUCUUCUCCUUCGACAGCUGCCCCUUCUCCCAGUGCUCCUUUGAUAAAGUCUUCCAGCCAAAUGUCAGCGGUAGCUUCAUGGCGUUCUCUGCGUUCUACUACAUUCACUCUUUCCUGCAGAGUACCACCGGCAUCACUGUGAGCACUCCUUCACAACUGGAGGAGGCAGCCCAAACUGUGUGCAGCAUGACUUUCAAACAAAUGCUGCUUCUUGCUCCACGGCAGAAGUCUCGUUUGCAGGACUACUGUGCUUCCUCUGUGUUUCUCAAGAUUCUCAUGUUGAGAGGAUACGGCUUCGAUGAUGCAUCGUUCCCACGCAUUUCCUUCCAGAAGAAGGCAGGAGACGCCUCGGUGGGUUGGGCUCUGGGCUACAUGCUGAGUUUGAGCAGUUUGCUGCCGGCAGAGACAGUGGGGCUGAGGAAGGCCCUGACCCUGGGAGCGUGGGGGACACUUAUCUUUCUCUUAGUCCUCCUGCUCGUGGCAGUCCUGGUCUUCAUUUUACUUCGAGCUCGUGAUGGGAAGAAGAAAGGAGGCAGUGAAAGCGCCAUCUAGACACCCUAACACACAGUGCAGUCACUGAACAGUAAGACAGUGACACGUUUUUGCUUGUGUUGGCUCUGUACUCCAGUAUUUGGAUGUAAAAAUGAAACUGUGACUCAGAGGUGAUCAGGACUGUUAUCCUAAACUCAGAGACUGAUAUGAAUUUGACUGCAUUAUAUAACUAGAAUCCCUUUAUUUGGAGAUACCUUGACCCUAAAAUCAUCUGAUGUGGAUGCAGACACCCUCGAUUAAAGCUAAAACUCAAGACUUAAACUUCAUACAUGCUGGAGUGCAGAGAAACACAAUGAAAAUGUGUCACUGACCAAAUCCUGUCUGACUGCCCUGUAGGUUUAAUAUAGUACUCCGCUGGUGGCAUUGGCACCACAGAGGAGGUCUGAAUGUAAUUUUUAUUCUUGAAAAGUGAAACCAUUUUCUGAUUGUAUGGAAUGUAAAAAAAACAACAACAAUAUUUUGUUUGUUUUGUUUUGUUGUAGAAGGUGUGACUAUACUCUGAAGCACUGUUAAAGUAAUAUAAAGCACACUAUGCCGACGACUACCAGUUUAAUAUGUAAUCACUAUUUAAUUUGUUUUUUGUAUUGAAAUAUGUUUUUCAGGUAAGAGUUUUAUCACAUUUGAGUCUGCCCACAUUAACUUUUAAUAACGAGUAUCAUGUAGAUGUGGUGAACAGCAGGCGUUUGCAUAUUAUAACAAUUUCCUGGUGGAGACAAACUCUUCACAGUCUAUUCAAAAACUUUCGUUAGGAGGCAGAUAUGUUUUUUUCUUAUAGAUCUUGUGUCACUCGGCGGAUAUUAUUAAACAUAUAUUUUGAGUGUUAGUCUGUAAGGACAGAAAAUGGGAUCUUUCAACUAAGAUUUAAUGGUCAAACUUGUGUUUUCAGAAUAACACUCACUCAUAUACACAUUUCGUUUUCUUGAUAUCUAUAAUAAAAUGUAAGAUGACACAGCAGUUGCUGAUACAAAUUAAACUAGAGUACCACACUCCCUAUUGAAAAGACAGAGAGGAAUGAUAUAUCAUUGAGUUGCUGAACACCAGUCGCAUCUUAUCUGCCAAAAAAACAUAUUUAUUCACAGCAGUGUUGUACUUGAUCUGUCUUGGUCUCGAGAUUACUUUUUAAGGUUUCAAUCUUAUCUCGGACUCAGCCAUCUUGUCUCGGUUUUAUUUCAUUUCUGGAUUUUAUUUCAAGACCAAUCAUGAAUCAUUCAGAUCAAUCUGAGGAGUCUGCAUGAUCUAUGUUUUAUCGUAAGUGUAACAUGCAGGGUGGGACUUGCACUGGUCUGGUCUCAACUUGGUCCCACCCCCUCUAAUUCUUGGUCUUGUCUUGGUCUCAAUACACUCUGGUCUUGGUCAUGACUUGGUCUCGGUUUAGGUGGUCCUGCCUACAGCACUGACUCAUACACUGUUAAUGUUUGUCAUGUUUUAGUCAUGAAUCCAUUAACUUACUUUCGAUGAUACAAAUAUCCCUAAGGUUUAAAGUAGUGAUGAGUUUUAGUCAAUGUGUCAAACAGGUGUUAAUUCAGCUCAGUAGUUGUUUUUGAAUCUGGUGUGUGUGUUGUUGCACUGCAUUGUGUUAUAUUUUCCACCAUAAUAUAGUAUUUAAAGGCUCUUUUGUUCGAUUAGAUUGCACACCACUUGUGUUGCUUUCAUCGCGCCAUCCCAUCUGCAUUAUAGGCUGAGGUGGAAAAUGAAAAAACAAAUCAAGACAUUCCAAUAUGUGCUCAGGUGCGCUGGCAUAAAAAGCCAAAGGCAACUCUAAAUUUAGAUUUUGGUCGUAGCAAUUCAGUGUCUUGGCGCCUUUUUCAAGAACUUCCAAGAUUAUUUUAGCUCCAUUAAAGCCCCUGCAUGUUAUUGUUUUAAUGUGGCAUCUUUCACACUAUUGUUGUGGCAUUAUACGUUUUGGUUCAUGCUGGUGAAAAUUGGUGUCAUUAAACAUGUGUAGCUGUCAACCCAUUUAAUAAAUAUCAGAUCAAACAAGUGUGACAAAUAGUUUUAACUAAUUUUAUACCGUACCAAUAUUUUUUACUAGUAGGCCACUAGCCACCGUAAAUGCGUAAUUAAUAUUAAGUCAUUGUGAGUUUUGAGUUAUCGUGACAUUACAUUGCUCUCUGUGUGUUCAUGUUGUAUCUUAAUUGCUCCUGAUAACAAAAUAAAUGUUUCUUUGUUUUUCCU